AGGAAGCAAAACAGCUGGAAGUGUCUCCUUUGCGUGUUCUCUAACCCCACCCCCCACCUUGUCCAUGCCCACGCCUGCCAAGGACCCUAGAGGACACAGGUGAUUAUUGCAGAUUGUGCAAAUGUGUGUCUGAGUGCUGGUUGCACUUACCCAUCGUCAAAAUACUUGGAACCCACUGUGCCAAUAUUCCAAACAGGGCUAGUGCUUUCCUGUUACUGUUUGUUCUCACAAGUGAAAUUCACCCUCCAUUUGCUGCUUUUCUCCCAAAGCCAAGUGUCCCUCUGCUUCAUGGUGCAGAGGAAAGGGUUCUUUGGGUUCACAUAUCCUCCAAAACUACUGUGUGGUGCAUGGAUUUUCCUUUUAAGGGAGAUGAAUAUAAGUUUCUCAAAGAAGGCUGUGACUCAUGAAAGGCUAAGAGUCACUUUUCUGGAAAUACUGCCUCAGAUGUUUCCUGAUCCUUAGCAAGGUCGUGCAAUCCAAGACUCUCUCCUAAUUCUCCCCUUUUCAGGAUGUGGGGUCUCAGGAUUCUGCUGCUACCCCUUGUGAGUUUUGCUCUACAUCCUGAGGAGCUACUGGAUACGCAGUGGGAGCUAUGGAAGAAGACCCACAGCAAACAGUAUAACAGCAAGGCGGAUGAAAUCUCUCGACGCUUAAUUUGGGAAAAAAACCUAAAGCAUAUUUCCAUCCAUAACCUUGAAGCCUCUCUGGGUAUGCAUACAUACGAACUGGCCAUGAACCACUUGGGGGACAUGACCAGCGAAGAAGUGGUUCAGAAGAUGACUGGGUUCAAAGCACCCCCCUCUCGUUUGCGCAGUAAUGACACCCUUUACAUCCCUGACUGGGAAGGUAGAGCCCCAGACUCCGUGGACUAUCGGAAGAAGGGAUACGUCACUCCUGUCAAAAACCAGGGCCAGUGCGGUUCCUGUUGGGCUUUUAGCUCUGUGGGUGCCCUGGAGGGCCAGCUCAAGAAGAAAACUGGCAAACUCUUAAAUCUGAGUCCCCAGAACCUGGUGGACUGUGUGUCUGAGAAUGACGGCUGUGGAGGAGGCUACAUGACCAACGCCUUCCAGUAUGUGCAGAGGAACCGGGGCAUUGACUCAGAAGAUGCCUACCCGUACGUGGGACAGGAUGAAAGUUGUAUGUACAAUCCAACUGGCAAGGCAGCUAAGUGCAGAGGGUACCGGGAGAUCCCUGAGGGAAACGAGAAAGCCCUAAAAAGGGCAGUGGCUCGAGUGGGACCCAUUUCUGUGGCCAUUGACGCAAGCCUGACCUCUUUCCAGUUUUACAGUAAAGGUGUGUACUAUGAUGAAAACUGCAAUAGUGAUAACAUUAACCACGCGGUUCUGGCAGUGGGAUAUGGCAUCCAGAAGGGAACCAAGCACUGGAUAAUCAAAAACAGCUGGGGAGAAAGCUGGGGAAACAAAGGCUAUAUCCUCAUGGCUCGGAAUAAGAACAACGCCUGUGGCAUUGCCAGCCUGGCCAGCUUCCCUAAGAUGUGAUUCCAGCCAGCCAUGCCCAUCCUGCUCGCCAACGGCUCAGCAAGGUGGCUUCGUGAUGCUCCCUCACGAGGAGCUGCCAGGCCAUUCUUGAAGUAGAAAUGAUGUUACCGAUCGCUCACUCUCCUCAUUUGUUUGUGCAUGAAGUGAGACUCCUGUCGGUCUCCUUCUCUGCACUCACAGCUUUUUUCUUUGUGGCUUCGGCAGGAAUUUCCCUAACAAGUGUGGGCUCUUCGGUUUAAGAGAGGUGCCCACAUGCUGACCCGUGUUAUCUUGAGGCUGAUGUGCAAAUAGAAGCUAGAGAUCCCCAAGUCGGCUGUGCUCUCAGUCCCUGGGCCUGGUGGGCCUUCGCCACUGCCAGCCACACACUGACUUGACCUCAGCGUUUUGAGUUUCCUUCUUUUUAACGUAAAGUUAGAAAUCUGUAUUUUCCACUCUGAUUCACAAAUUUAUUCGUAAGUCUCUAAGUUUACAAGGUGUAAAAAUAAAAAAUGUGUGUUCUUUUUCCUUUGUUGCAUUUUUGAAAUAAACUAUUUAUCUCUUGUCUACAAUUUA